AGCGGUAUCCUGGGAGUGAGCUCUUUUGAAGAUGCUUCUGCCUUUCAUCAGGGAUACACCAAACACACCGAGCUGCACCAGCGGGUGAUCCAGCAGGCUAACGGAAGACUAACAGACAUCGCUAAAACCGCUGCUGAUGGAGGACGCUCUGAAGUACAAACGACAACAAGGAACUAGGAUGUGUAACUGUUGUGGGACUGACAUUGUUUGGUAACUUUGCCGUUGCCAUGGCAUUUUGCAAUGGCAGCUUGCUGGGUGGGUGUGGUCUGUUGGAGCCUAUCGAUCUGGGGGAGGGGCCAGAGAUUGUGCCGUCACUGCCCGACGAUGAGGAGGAGGAGGAGACCGCUCUGAUGCCUGUCACGCUUCGCGUCACUCUGGCCGCCAUAAUGAUCUUCAUGAUAACCAUCGGUUUCCUCGGCAACGCCAUUGUGUGUCUGAUUGUUUACCAGAAGCCCGCCAUGCGCUCGGCCAUCAAUCUUCUCCUGGCCACGCUCGCCUUUUCCGACAUCAUGCUCUCGCUGCUCUGCAUGCCCUUCACCGCCGUUACCGUGGCAACCGCCGACUGGCGUUUCGGGGGCGGUUUCUGCCGGGCGUCCAUCAUGCUGUAUUGGCUGUUUGUGCUGGAGGGCGUGUCCAUCCUCCUGAUCAUCAGCGUGGACAGGUUCCUGAUCAUCGUGCAGCGGCAGGACAAGCUGACCCCUCACCGCGCCAAGCUGCUGAUCGUGGCGUCCUGGGCACUGAGCCUGUGUGUGGCGCUGCCCUCCGUGGUGGGCUGGAGGGCGGGUGCGGCCGGCAUCGGGGGCGCCUGGGCGCCCCAGUGCGUCCUGGGAUACAGUGAGUCCCUGGCGGACCGCGGCUACACCGUGCUGCUCGCCGUGGCGGUGUUCUUCGUGCCGUUCGGCGUCAUGCUGUACUCCUACCUCUGCAUCCUCAACACGGUGCGCCGCAACGCCCUGCGCAUCCACAACCACACCAGCGACCAGGCCACCCUGCCUGCCCUCAACCAGGUCAGCAAGCUGGGGCUCACCGGCCUGCAGCGCCCCCCGCAGGUCAACGUAGACAUGAGCUUCAAGACGCGGGCCUUCACCACCAUCCUCAUCCUCUUCAUCGGGUUCUCGGUGUGCUGGCUUCCCCACACCGUGGUCAGCCUGCUGGCGGUGUUCAGCCGCAGGUUCUACUACAGCCCGGCGUUCUACCCCGUCAGCGUGGGCGCCCUGUGGCUCAGCUACCUGAAGACCGUCUUCAACCCCGUCAUCUACUGCUGGAGGAUCAGGAAGUUCAGGGAGGCCUGUCUGGAGUUCAUGCCGAAGAGUUGCAGGCUCUGCCCCAGGGUGCCUGGACGCAGCCGGAGGAGGGUGAGGCCCAGCAACAUCUACGUCUGCAGCGAGACCCAGUCGGCAGUGUGAGGAACUCUGAUGGCUGGCAGUUUGAUCUGGAAACUUUUCAGUUACCUACCCGGGAUUGAGUUCUGUCUGGCCCAGCGGAACCAACCAGCUUCAGGCAACUUGCUUGGAGCUCCAAGCAGACUCAAGCAAACACUUAGCAUAUGAAAAGGAAGAGGUGUUUUGACCCAUAUCUGCCAUGUGGGUGACAGUGGCAACUCUGGGAAAUCACGUGGUGUUUACUUACUUACUCGCGUAAGGUAUUACAUCUCCUCUCAUUACUGUAAAGUCAUUAAGAAGAUGUGGAAGACAGCUCUGGCGCUGUGUUGACUUUAGGCUCCCCUCCUAUGUCCCAUGUUGAUGAUCUAUUGCUGUGUCCACACUUGUACGUCUCACUUUCUACCGUCCCUCUUUCUCCGACCUUGGAUGACGGAUACUGUACCUCCCUUCCUCAUCCCGUCUGCAUCUCUCUAUUCUCGCCCUCUCCUCUCUCUUUUACCUUAUGUCGAAUCUUUGAAUAUAUACUGUACAAUGAAUAAUGAUGCUCACUGGUGGUUUUGUCUUAUGAUAUCUCUCUUUGUCUCACUGACAAGCACAACCGACUAAUAAGUUGUCUGGUCAGUUGUAACAUAAUAAUAUCUUAAUAACUUUCCUCACAUUCUCCUGGCAGAUAAGAAUGUGCCAGGAAGUGACCAAAUA